UUCAUUUGACAUUUGCAUGGGCAGGUGGCAAAAUAAAAACGGAGUCGCGGUUUCUUUACGGAUGGUUGAUGUGUUUUGUGACAAUUUUUGAUUAUAUUUUGUUCGGAUAACUUUCCCGAUUUUCAAAUUCCCGGAAUUCACCCGUGUUGGAUUGAAGAAGAGACCCGGCACCUCAACAAUCAUGGGCGGCAAACGUACCAAAAACAAUACCAAGCCAUCCAGCAGUGGCCGCAGUGCGGAAAUGUUGGGCAGCAACGUACCAACGCUGUUCGGUUUUACCACUUUGGACAGUAGUAAGAUGCCGGUGGUGCCCAGUUUUGUGCAAAUCGAAACCCACGGCGAAGACAUCGAUCCCAAUCUGGACGACACGUUCCAAAUCGUGCUGAAGAAAAUGCUUAAAAAGGAUCCCACAACCAAAACGAAAGCCCUGCAGGAAUUUACGGAACUGAUCGGAAAGUCGGAGCUCGAUGUGGUCAAAUCGGUGCUUCCUUUCUGGCCCCGACUCUAUGCAAACCUCUCGACGGAUGUGGAGCACCGUGUACGGGAAACUGCUCAACAAGCUCAAUCUGCGAUGGUGAACAAAGCUGGCAAACACAUUGCCCCUUACUUAAAACAAUUGACCCCGGCAUGGAUUUCCGCCCAGUACGACACCUAUGCACCGGCAGCUAGUGUGGCCACUCAAUCGUUCAACAGUGUAUUCCCUGCUAACAAAAUGCGGGAAGUUUUCGUCUUCUGUGAAGCAGAAAUACUGGAUUACUAUACCAAAAAUCUAACGGUGCACACGGCGAUCACCUUGAGUAAUCCUAAGUCCCACACCCCGGAGGAAUGUGAGAACAAAUACCAACGGGUAUUAAUUUCCAGUUUGCGGGGCUAUGCAUUAUACUUAAGCAAAAUGUCCGAAGAGCAACUUCAAAAAUCUGGCCCCAGUAAUACCGCGUUGUUGGAUAACGGGAAGUUCUGGUCUUACCAUAAGCACGCCACCCCGGCCGUUCGUUCAGCUUGGUUCGAAGUCAUUUCGGCUCUGCUGCAGUACGGGCUUUUUCUAGUUGAACAGCAUCAUCAGAAAAUCACUACCAACUCGUUCCAGUACAUGGACGAAACGGAUCCAACCGUUGUAACGCACAUUUGGAGCUCAAUUGUGCUAAUUCAAGCAAAAAUUCCAAACUGGCACAGUUAUUUAAAUUUCGAAAAAGCAGUGUUUCCCAAAUUGUGGAAGGUUCUUAAAUCAGGAGCCAGUGGCAAUGCGGCUUGUGUCUUUCCCCACAUGCUGCCCUUGGUGUCCAAGUUCACGAGGGAAGUUUUAGGCGAACGGAUGGACAAGUUCCAAACUCUGUUUUUCGAAAACAUCAACGAAGGUCUCAAAAUAGUUCAAUCCAGCCGAACGGAUGUAUGCGCAGUUUCCCAAGCUUACUACGAAGUGUUCCAGUAUCUGGUUGUUCAAUUGGUCAAAGACGAUACAUUGCAACCGGACCAGAGGAAACAGUUUUGCGAGACGCUGCUCGAAGAUCAUUUGGUUAAAGUUGUGGAAUGGUGCAUUACAACCGAAUCAUCUUGUGGCCGAUACAUUUUCGGUAAUAUCGCUUCUCUGUUAGACUACUGGUGUCAACAAAGUGCUACUAUUGAGCUUUACGAAUCGCUGCUGAAGAAAUUCUGGAACCGUCUCUCGGAAAUAAUCGAACAAAGCAUCGAUCAGGCUCAGGACAUCGAUCAAAUAACAAACUCGCACGUGGAGCUGAUCCAAAACCUGAAGCGCACAUCUCACAAGCGGGUUAAAUUCACCGAAACAACAUCGGGACAGCAGCCAACGGGCCCCGACUCUGAAGUAGAUCACGCACACCACGCGCACCGCUUCGAAGCUCAACUAAAUACGCUGGUAUAUCGGAUUUCUCGACUGUACAUGAAUCGAAUUGGGAAACAGCGGGAACCGGGCUUCAUACUGCAGCUGGAAAACCUCGUUCGUCAGUUUCAAUGCAUGGAGCUGUUCCAGUUUUUAGCCGACUCCGGGAAACCAGGCGUUCCCGCUCGCAUCGACAGUUUGUUCGAGACGUUUGCAUCGGACUGGCUAAACGAUCAGCGCUUGCAGUCGGAGUACGUGGUGGAAAUCGUUUUGAUUCUUUACAAAUACUUGCCGGAGCACGAGCGAAUGCAGAUGCUCAAUAAGUGGAUACAGAUCGCCAAUAAAACGGUCCAAAGCUGGCUGAUACUGCGGGCACUGAGUCAUCCGCUGUGCCAAGAUCCGAACAUUGCACAGUUCCUGAUGCAGCCGCAGGUUGGCGACAAUCUGAUCCAGUGUGCCAGGGAUGUAACCCGGGGAGACACCAAGGAAAAUAUGAUACUGUUGCACAAGUGCUUUCUGAUAUCGGCUAGCGGCGAGGUGCUCAUCGAUCCCGGUACCUGUGAACGGAUCGUGGAAACACUGACCAGUCCGCUCAAGAAUGAUUGCGAAAUUGAGCUGAAGGACACGUGUGCCAGUUUCUUGGGGCAGAUUAUGCCGGUUAUUUGCGGAGACGAGAGGCAGAAAGGUUUGCAACGAAAAAUGUUCGCACUACUGUUCGAGUUUAGUGCCGAAAACAGCGUGAGUGAUUACUUGUCGGAGGAUACUUUGUGGGAGGUGACGACCGCGUGGCAAGAUGCGCUUUCCGGUGAAGACUUGGAGUUGGACGAAGGUUUGAUUAGUCAGUGCCUAGGAAUUGUGGACAAGGAAUUGAAGGUUUUUGCCGAAAUGGAAAGCUUAAGUUUGGAACGUUUCGAAAAGCUGGCAGAAAUAUGCACAAAGUUGGCCUUAUGUUCGACAGAGUCUGAUAAACGAAACGAGUCGAAACGAUGUAAAAAGAUCGAUGUUAUUUUCGGCGGAUUGAUGGCCAAAGGGAUUGAUGAGCGAAAUGCAAACAGAACUGCCCUGCAACGGCUCGCUAUUUACGAAGAACUCUUGAGCGGUAGAUGGAUUACGAAAACUGCCAAUUAUAGCUCAGACUUCUCUUUGAAAGCUUUCAAUAGCAGUUUGCAGGGACUUUUGGUACAGGAGUUAUUCUGCUUAAACAUGAUCUACAAAUUGAGUUGCAAUCCGAAAAGGAAGAAAAAGGCAAACGAAAGCAGCCAAAUGGAUCACGACGGCGAGGAGGACGAUGAUAUGGAUGUAGAUGAGGACGAAGAAAACUUGAUACACUGCUGGUCGGAAUUGAUUUUUGAAAACUUCUUAUCUGUGAUAUACUCCAUCGCGGUUGGUGACACUUUCCUUUAUAGUACCCUCGAGCUCAGCAGCGUUACCGAAACUUUGAUAAUAAGUCUGCAAGAACGAAUGUCACAAACAUUCAGGUAUCUCCCUGAGGCUAUCCUGAACGAAAUCAAAGAUCGUCUUUUCCGUUUGGCGAACGAUAAUGGUUUGAUGUGGGCUAAAGCGCUGGUUUCGUUAUUGGCUAUGGACCAGUAUUCGGAUCCAGAUAAUGGAGUAGUGCUGUUGUACGAAGAUGCAUCGACCGUGGCUAAUAGCGAUGAUCUGAUUGCGUACAUCAAUAUUUUACAAGUGUUAUCAAUGAAAAUGCCAAAAAAAUGCCUGCCUAUCCGGCCAAAUUUGUUUGAAAACUAUUUCAACGAACUGGUUAAACUAGCGGCAACUCGAUCGCUCAUCGGAAACCACUUUUUGUCCACCUUCAAUGAAGUCGGUGACAAAAAAAUCAUCGGAAAUACCCUAAUUGUUCUGCACGAAGUUAUCAGCAAACAGAACAGCAGUAAAUGUUUGCUUUAUAAUUGUGACCUUCCGCAGGUUGAUACUAACCGGAUAUUUUUCGACAUCGAAGUGGCCAACGUUUUGGCAGAUGCUAUGAAACAUUUUCCAACUGAACUGGACUUGGCUAAAUGGGACUUUGUCCGAAUCGCACUUAGCUCCUGGACUUUGACCGUUUCCAAAAACCAUUCGCAAUUUAGGACAAAUAAUAUUUCUAUAUUCAUUGCUGCAAUAUUUAGAUUAUUCAGCGCAGUGAGUAAGUUCUUUGCGGAAGAGAAAACCAAGAGCUCCACCCAGAUCCUCGUCAACGUAAUCGAAGAGUGGGAUAACGUUUUUGCAAAGGAUGUCAAUCUGGUUUUGUUAAAAACGUUCAUCAACAUUGUGAACGAUUCUGAUGGCACAAGGGUAGCAGACGAAUAUUUCCUGGACGUCAUCAGUCCCUACAUUGAGUCCAUCGAUUUCAACUACGUACUUCAGGCCAACAAAAUCGAUUCAAAAACAUCUCUCGAUGACCUGUUGAAGUUUGCACUGACCAACAUACAUCAUCGGAAUGCCCGUGUGCGAUUCGCUGCAGCUGCCAUAAUCAGAAAACUAGCUGCCGGAUUAAUUCAACGGGAUCUAGACCAGCUAUCACGACGGCACGAGGUGGCCGAUCAGCAACAGAAAAGUUCCGAAGAUGUGGACGAUACCUGGCACUUGUUACACCGGUUCAAGGCCGUUCUGGAUGAUUUCCAGCCGAUCUUAAGUGAUUUUGUGGCCGACUUUAGCUACAAAAUUUCUGACAGCGACGACGGAAAUGCAUCGGUGCAAUUUCUCGGAAAGAAUAGAACUUUUGCCUAUCUUCUGGGCUGGGAUUGUAUUCUGAACAUUUGUGCCAAUUCACCCUCGGAACUGCGGUCGAUUUAUGCCUCUUGGAUCACAAGAAACCAAUAUGAACAGACUUUGUUGCCUACCCUCUUCAGAUGUAUGCCUCCGGAAAUACUUAAAAAUCCAGAAUCCGGAGCAGUGUAUGGACAGACACUUUUUGCGCAACUCGAAUGGAAUCAAAUAAAAAACGGAUCCCUGAAACCGGAACGCUACGCCUGUCACCUGUACACCCAAGCGCUCCGUUACCUUCCGGUUGUGGUUCGGCGCUGGUGGAACGGACUGAACCAUCGGUAUGCGGCCAUCGUCGGCAAGGUGACCAGCAACUGCGUCUCAAGCUUGCUGUGCCAGGACGAGUUCCACUCGUUGAUCGAGAAGAAGGACAAACAGGACAACAUGCAGAUCAAGGUACAUGCCGCCGCCCGGCAGGUGAUGGCUCUUUACUCGAUAGACGAGGCCAAGGUAGAGCUGCACAUUACGCUGCCCGGCAAUUUCCCCCUGGGAGCCGUUACGGUCGAGGGUGGCAAGCAAAUCGGAGGCCGGCUGCAAUCUCGGCAGGUCGUAAUGCAGCUUUCAAUCUUUUUGACGCAUCAGAACGGCUCCAUCUGGGAUGGGCUCUCGCUUUGGAAACGGAAUCUGGACCGAAAGUUCGAAGGUGUGGAAGAGUGCUACGUCUGUUACAGCGUUAUCCAUCAGGACACAUGCCAACUGCCACGGCUGUCUUGUAAAACGUGUAAAAAGAAAUUCCACGGCCCUUGUCUGUAUCGAUGGUUUAGUACCAGUAACAAAUCUACGUGUCCAAUUUGUAGGAAUAUUUUCUAGACGGUUGGUUUUGGUUGAAUUUUGAAGAAAUAAUCUAGCUUCGCCGACACUUUUGAAUACAAAUUUACCCCCGUAAAGUAAUAUUCGUUCUCGUAGACUGCAGUAGUUUUCUUCCAGUUGAUCUAUUUAAUACAGGUUAUUAUCACGUUUCUAACUUUGAGACCUUCAAUCAUAUUAUACGACAUAUUUUAAUUGGUGGAGCGAUAAAAUGUAAAAGUUCCAUCGUUGAGUCAA